AUGUCCUCGUCGUGUCCGCAGUAUUUAUCAUUAACCACGACUCGAACGGUUAAUUUUAAAAACGCUGUGGAUGCUACUACUAGUAGAACUGGCAAUCAAGGCUAUGCUGGGAGUAGUAUUGAUCUGGCUCAUCAUCCGAGAGCUAUGUCGGCUACCCACCACCGUUCGUUAUCACCUCGGAGUGAUCCUCUGAGGCUUGUUAUGAAUGACGAGGAGGAUUUUGCAAGCCUUUCUGUGAGUGGUAAUGAUGAGAAGGAAACAACAGCUACAGAACUUUUUAGUAAUGGCGGCUCAUCAACUAUUUCAUCAACAGCAUCUCCGUCAUUGUCGCCGAAGAGAAACGUGUUCUCAUCUCAUAUGAGCGUUGAAAUUGUUCCUAAAAAAGAAAGGAUAGCACCAAUACUCAACAGGAAUGAGAGUUUUAAUGGUAGUAGUAGUGGCAGCUCUGAGAAUGAUGAUCCACUAAAAAAUUCUCGGUUUCACAAUGGCGAGAGAACGUCUUCCGAGGAAAGUAUGGAUCGUCAUGGCGAGUCUUGCUGUGAAAUAUUUGAAGAUGAUGAUGAUCACUAUGAAAGCAAACUAUUGGGCACAACAACCACAUAUUCCAACACUUCUUCCUUCCAAACACCACCGUCGCUCUCAACCUUCGUGUCCAACAGUCGUGAAGUUUAUAAAAGGAUUAUGCGACCCGACAUGAAUGCUCCGUUCGUGGUUUUUAUAAUGCUUCUCAUUAUUGUAGUGACAGGCGUCCUUACAUUGAUGAAUAUCAACAACAAGAGUUUGCAUCCCAUCAACAACAACAGCGACCAAAGGUCAACACAAAUUUUCACGACGAACCUUCAAAAUUCUGUAAAUACCCUUUCCCAAUUGAAAGAUGCCUUUAAUAGAGCCGACAUGGUGAAUCCCACAAACUCAACCUUUGCAUUUUCAACAUUCUUGUCAGUGGCCAGCAAUGAAAAAGUGGCCUUUGACUAUACAGUAGGAGUUGUCACAUUAUUUCAGAGUGUCAUUUCGAACACAAAAACAAAUUAUCCCUUCGUUGUGGUGGUUGUACCUCCACGAAUUAAUGAUGCAAAGGGAUUGACUGAGAGCGUCGUUGUAAAAAGGACUCUCUCGGUAAUUACCGACAUUCAACAAUCGUUAAGGCCGGAAGAACUUUCUCGUAUGCGAUUUGUGAUCGCCUCCUACAUCUCCAAUCCAACGGAGGGAAAACACGCAAUUGCCAAUAACGUUGAAAAUCGUUACAUUGACACCUUCAACAAGCUUCACAUGUGGAAAUUGGAUGAAUUUAAUUUUAAAAGAAUCAUUUACUUUGAUGCAGAUGUCAUCGUUCUGAAGCCACAAAUCGAUACUCUAUUUCAAUGUGGUCACUUUUGUGCAGUGAGCGAUUUGUGCAUUCCAGAAUUUUUCAACGGUGGUUUAAUGGUUUUGGAACCCAAAGAGGAAACAUAUCGAGACAUGACUGAAAAAAUACGACAACCUGAAUACAAGAGCUAUGACGGUGGAGAACAAGGAUUUAUUAAUCGAUACUUUGAUUUCAACAUCAACAGUACAGCAUGGCCAUUACGAGCCCAGGCACUGGGAUACAAACAACAUCAACAAGAGCGUAGUACUAUUAACCUGAAUGGCAAUUUUGAAGAAUUGGCACAAAAAGUUCCUUCCUCUGUAUAUAGACUUCCUUUCAAUUUCAACGUUCAAUCUCAAUUGGCCUUACUUUCAAGCAUUGGAUGGCACAAGUUUGCAUCGACAGCUGUCGACGAUGGCUCCAUUGCACUGCAUCUUGUGUUUCCAGUCAAACCAUGGACCUUUAUUGGUUAUCCCAUGCUUUCUCCCAGCUACAUGUGGCAAACCUAUUUCAGAAAAACAGCACUAUAUAGAAUUAUUCCUUGGGAGCUAUUACUGUUGAAUUUCUCAUUAUGUUGUCUUGCAGUAAUAAUCAUCAGUAAGCAAGUGGGAAAGAUUGAGUUACCAACCCUUCUCCUUUCAAAUUUGUUUGGAAACAUGAUUGAGGAUCAUGUAAAACAUUUCAAGGAUGGAACAGAGAGUUGGAAAAGUUUCCUAUUUUUCAAUUUCAUGCCUCCCCUAGCAGUGAUUUUUUCUUGCCUUGUGUCUGCAUAUGUUUACCUGGCCUUGUUGCUGAUUCAACAAUAUGAUCCUCAUAUGAUUUGGGCCAUGAUGAUAGUCACAAGCGGAUCCAUUACCGCCAUUAUCUUGGGAUUAUACACGAAUGUGCUGUCACAUGCUACUUUCUUGCACUUUUCAAAACGAUUUUUUACGCUCAAAAUUGGCCAAAAUUACAACAGCAAAAAGUAUUUCUUUUGGCUUGUUGGAACAUUAGCGUUUGGUACGAUUGGUUGUAGCUCAGUUUUUAUAUUCUGCAUGUAUACGAUUGGAUUAUUUGUAUUGCAGAUUGUCUACGCCUCUUUAAUUCUCCUUGCAUUUUUACUCUUGCUCUAUUUGAAAGUAUUGCAACCCAUCUCUCAUCUCACAAUUAUAAGAACAUUGAAAAAUUUGACGAAAGAAGGAGAGAAAAAUUCCUUCUUCAAGAACAAGCUGGAUGUUUGA